GAAUCGUCGUUACGACGAAACGCAGCGCGUCGAUUAGCAAAAUUAAAAGGAAUCGAUUCCCACACCACGCCGAGUCAAUGUCAAUGGUUUGAGCGGGGUGCUCACCGGCUUCAUGAGUUCAUGGGUUAUCGAUUAGUUAUCGAUUGGUUAUUGAUAGAUUAGCGAUUGGUUCGCGAUUGGCCAGCGCUAGAUUCGUAAUAGGCUAGUGAUUCCUGAGCGAUAAGUUAGCCAUCGGCGAGCAAUGGGCCAUUGGUCGGUGAGCGAUUGAUUGAUUAUUAAUGAUCGAUUAGUUAUCGAUCGGCGAGAGGAUGGCCACGGAGAGCGCCCAAGGUGCGGGAGGAGAGGGAGGAGAGAAGCUGUCGGCUCUGACAGGAGCGGCUCUCUUCGUGACGCUGGGUCUGGGUGGACUUCUCUCCGGCUUCUCAAUCACUGUGGCCUCAGCCCGCAGGAAGAGCCCCAAAUGCUUCGAUCAGACUCUCCCGCCAGGCCUUGAGACAGGCUCCCGUCUGGCCCUCCGUGCCCUGGGCUGGGGUUCGGCCUUCGCCGUGGGAGGCACCGCACUGCUGUCCCUGGGAGUGUGGGGAGCGUUGUCUCUGUGGAGACAGGCCUCCGUGACACCCAGCCCCCUGGCGGAUGAGGUCACCACUCGGCCAAUGACAUCACAGCGAUGACGAUGAUGUCAUCACAUCGCAGGGCAGCAGCGGCGACGAUGACAUCACAGGGCAGCGGCGAUGACAUCAAAGCGCAGCGGCUAUGACAUAACAGUGCAGCAGCUAUGACAUCACAGCGCAGCGGCUAUGACAUCAAAGCGCAGCGGCUAUGACAUCAAAGCGUAGCGGCGAUGACAUCAAAGCGGAGCGGCGAUUACAUCAAAGCGCAGCGGCUAUGACAUCAAGGCGUAGCGGCGAUGACAUCAAAGUGCAGCAGCUAUGACAUCAAUCAUAGCACAGCGGCUAUGACAUCAAAGCGUAGCGGCGAUGACAUCAAAGUGCAGCAGCUAUGACAUCAAUCAUAGCACAGCGGCUAUGACAUCAAAGCGUAGCGGCGAUGACAUCAAAGCGCAGCGGCUAUGACAUCAUAGCGCAGCGGCUAUGACAUCACAGCGCAGCGGCUAUGACAUCAAAGCACAGCGGCUAUGACAUCAAAGCGUAGCGGUGAUGACAUCAAAGCGCAGCGGCUAUGACAUCAAAGCGCAGCGGCGAUGACAUCAAAGCGCAGCGGCUAUGACAUCACAGCGGCUAUGACAUCAAAGCGCAGCGGCUAUGACAUCAAUGCGCAGCGGCUAUGACAUCACAGCGCAGCGGCUAUGACAUCACAGCGCCUUCUUACCAACAGCAGCAGCGGUGGCAGCAGCAGCGGUCAUCUGAACCGGUCAUGGGCCCGCCCCUAGGUUGACUCAGCCUCAAAUAAUUCAGAGCGCCACUGUGCCUCGGAGAUG